AUGCAAGCAUCUGAGGAAGAAGAUGACAUCAUAGAAACAGACUUAUUUUAUGAUAUAAAAAAUAGACUGCGAAAGCGGGUAACGACUAAUAGCCUCGAUCUCAAAGAAGCAAAAUUUUCUUAUAUUUUGAAUCAAAGCCAGAAUACUCUUUCAGCCGCAUUGGCAACCGCUUCUGUCAUCAAAAGGAAGUACGAAAAAGAUUAUCAUAACAUAAAUAAAAGCAUAGAGUUGUGCAACAAAAGCAAGGAGAUGCGAAUUUUUUUUGAUAAUGGAGGUAUUGACGCGCAUCCUUUAAAUCUUUCCGAUUCAGAAGAGGAAAGCAGUGAUGGCGAGACACCCCCAGAAUUCUCCAUCUUUUCCUUGGCCCACUUUUGCACUAUUUUCAAUUGCAAAGAAACCAAUCUUUCUCAGCAGCGACCAAAAAUUGAAAAGUUAUUUUCGAGGGAUCUAUUUUCUGAAAAUUCUUCUGUGAUUGCUUUACUUGAAUCUGGCACCAUUUUGCAUCUUAUUAGAGAGCAAGAAGACCUUGCCUGCGACUUUUGGCAGUGGCUUCUUUCGUGGGCCUGUUGGCAUUGCACGCCAGAAACUUUUAUUCUCUUUGAAUCUACUUUGAAAAAUCUUUCUAAAAAGGCUAAACCAAAUUCUUCUGUCGCUCUGUCAACCGAGAAAUUAAAAGAUCUUUUAUUUAAAUUGGGGCUCGAUUGGGACGGUAACGCCCCAUCUCUGGCAGACACCAAAGUUUCUCCCAAACCGAUAUAUACUGAGCACAACCCGUUUGUAAGAUCUCUCAAGUAUUUUUUAAAACUACACUCGCUGGUGCCUGGAGACUGGCUCUGCACGGAGUACGUGGCAGCAGCGCUGCCCCGGCUAUUAUGGGCCAGCCUUGACUACCGCCUUCCGUGCCUAAAGGUCGAAUUCCAGGACUGUGUUAUGGCGCUGGUUUCCCAUAUAGAAAGUGCCACGUGGGUGCAGAUUUGUUCAGUCUUAAAAAAAAAAAUCGCGUACGUCGGGAAUUGGCUUUACCUUACCGACUUCCUAUCGCCCGUCAGCCGUCUAGCAAGGAGUAACCGAGCAGUUAUGAGUCUUUACUAUUUUACUGCAUCGAAAGCUCUCGAAGUUUCGAACAACUACAAGAAUCUCACAGGCAUGGAUGUCGAAAAACUUUUGCAGAGUCUCAACGCAGAAACAACCACUUCGUACACGGAGCUCUACUGCAAAAUUUUUCUUGUGACGAGGGUAAUACUUCCGGAAAAUUUCUGCCCCCGCGAGCUGACCGCCAUCUCCGGCCAGCUGCAAAGAGUGCAUGGGCAGAUCAAGGACAAACGAGCGUGCCCGGAGAGAUACAUGACAAAAGACUUGAUUCUGCGCUACGUCCAAUACUUGACGCACAGUAUCAGUAGUAUAAGAGCGGGCGAGAGUCAUCUGGAGCGUGUAUUAAAUGAAUGGGCUUCUUAG